AUGGAGGCCUACUUUGGCAUAGACAACACCCAGAAUUGCCUUUUUGCUAAUGCUAUCAACCUCGUCUCCAAGAAAAGUAGCUUUGACGAUAUCUUUCUCUUACCUUUGGUUGUCUUGGGCUCCAUAUAUGUCUUCAACAAAGGAAGCCUUCUGCCGAGGAGAGACCCAUAUCGCUAUAAGUGGUUUGAGAAACCACAAGUGCAACGAACUCAGAAUCUCCUUAUUGAGAAGAAGACGCGCAACAUCUCGGAAAAGAUCGAAGAGCUCCAAUCUGAUAUUGUCAUCUUUCGGGGCUCCCAGUCCGGCACCGCAGAAGCCUGUGCUCACCGCCUUGCUCGAGAUUUCCACCAAAGAUUCAAGCUCAACGCUCUAGUAGCAGACCUGUCCGACUAUGACCCAGAGACUAUCUCUCUUAUUCCGGGGUCGAAGCUUGCUGUGUUUAUCAUGUCGACCUACGGUGAGGGCGACCCAAGCGACAAUGCUCAAGACUUUGUUAGUUGGGCUGACGCAGCCACUGGUGUCUCCCUCGCCCACCUCAAAUACGCCGCAUUCGGUUGCGGCAACAGCAACUAUCGCUUCUACAACAAAGUCAUAGAUGAUGUCGUCGUCGCCUUGUCCCAGUUCAACGCCACCGCGGUUCUACCCACUGGCAAGGGCGAUGAAGCUACCCGGACGACAGAGGAAGAUUUCAUGGACUGGAAAGAGAGCCUUUUCAAGACUCUGGUCUCCAAUUUCGACUACCAGGAGUAUGAAGUAGCAUACGAGCCCAGUGCUAAGCGAGACCUCGCGAAAUACGACGAGAAAGGCCAUAGUUGCAUUGAUCUUGAAGUGGAUCUCACUGCUCAACCCGAAAUCAAAUACAAGACUGGAGAUCACAUCGCUAUCUGGCCCGUGAAUCCAGAUGAGGAAAUCAGCCUUCUUAUUCGCAUUCUCGGACUCCAAUCUCAGCAACUAAAAGCCAUCUGCGUUGUACUCCAGUCGGCAGACAAGGAGCCAAAAGUUCCCAGUCCGACAACAGUGCAGGCUUUGUUCCGGCACUAUCUGGAGAUAUGUUCCGCAGUUCCUCGCGAGACAGUUCUAUCAUUGGCUCAAUUCGCACCAAGUCUAAAGGUUAAGUCGGAGCUGAUGACAAUCGGCAAUGACAGGGCGGUUUACUCCAAGUUCCUCGAAGCAAACCAUUUGACCUUGGCCCGACUUCUCGAGAACACUAUUGCCGUCGACCCGGCAGUCACAUGGGCUGGUUUACCACUCUCAUUCAUCAUCGACUUCCUACCUGCCAUGCAGCCACGUCUCUAUUCUAUCUCCACUUCACGCAUCACAUCACCCCGAAGUAUUCGUGGCUCAACAUUCAAGCUGCCGUUCCUUUCAUCAGUGCCUCUGAUCAUGGUGGCAGCCGGUACUGGAGUUGCCCCCUUCCGCGCAUUUAUCCAUGAGCGAGCUAGACUUGCUUCUGUAGGCAAAGAUGUCGGCCGAAUGAUGCUGUUCUUCGGAUGUCAGAACGAGAGCGACUAUCUCUACCGUGACGAGUUUGCGGAGUGGAUAGCUGGACCCCUCGCCAAGAAAUUGGUGGUGGUGACAGCAUUUUCAAGGGCAAGCAAUGAGAAGUGCUAUGUUCAGAACAAAGUGGAAGCCAGAGGUGAUGAAGUUAGGAGAAUGCUGCUGGAAGACGAUGCCGCUUUCUACAUCUGCGGUGCCGCGAACAUGGCGAAAGCUGUUGGCAUGGCGGUCCAUGGCGUCGUGAAACGGACGAAUAGCUGGAAAGACUCUGAGGUCGAAAGCUGGAGACAGGAUAGGAAGAAGUCAAAAAGAUGGUUUGAGGAUGUUUGGAGUUAA